AUGAAGUGGGCCGCAUCUCUUGCAUUCACACUAGCCGCCCUGCGGCAGGCAUCGGCUACGAACUCGACAUCAUGCACGACACGGCUCAUGAGCUAUUGGAUCACCGCCAACGCCUCCAUCUCGAUUGUGGAGCCGGUCGAUGCGGCUGGCAGCUUUGGAGAGGUGGGCAAUAUCGCCUUCCCGAAUAACGUCACCAACCUCCCCAGUCUCUGCGCCGUGAGCUUUAUCGCGAAGACUUCGGGAGGAACGCAAUACAAGUUUGGCCUCUUCCUGCCAGAUGAAUGGAACAACAAGAUGCUCACUGUGGGUAACGACGGCUUCUCAGGUGACCUCAACUGGCCGGCUAUGGCCGCUGGAGUGAAGUACGGCUUCGCUACUGUGGCAACGGACGGAGGACACAACUCCACAGCGAACAACCUCACCUGGGCCCUUGGUAACGACGAGGCGAAGUUGCUCUUUGGACACAAGGCCCUGCACGGCACAGUCCAGCUGGCGCAGAAGGUUAUUGAGAAGUACUACGGACUGCCUCCUGAGGCGUCGUACUUCUCAGGUACAUCCGAUGGUGGACGACAGGGCUUGAAGGCCGCUGAGCUCUACCCCAGGGACUUCUCAGCCUUGCUGAUUGGUGCACCGGCUUGGUGGCAGAGCCAUCUGCAGAGUUGGAGAAUCGCCCGCGGAGUCUCUAACCUGCCAACAGAUGAUGCCAAGCACAUCUCUGCAGGGAACUUCACCAUCAUUGGCGACAACAUUAGGAAGCAGUGCGAUGCCGCCGACGGAGUCGAAGACAGCAUCGUCAGCGAUCCGGCCAACUGCACCGUUAACUUUGCCCUUUUCACCUGCGGGCAAGACGGCGUCGAUGCACAGGCAUGCUUGACCGCUGAGCAGGUCACUGUUGCCCAGGGAAUGUAUGCCGAUUACAACGUGAGCGACCAGAUCGUUUUCCCAGGCGUCAGCCCUGGGUCCGAGUAUGAGUGGGGCGCGCUUUUGGGCAACGAGCCUAAUGAGGUGGCCGUCGGAUACAUGAAGAACUUCGUCUUCAAUGACACAGAGUGGGCGUGGUCCAGCUACAACGAAACCGUUCCCGCGUAUGCCAACGACACCAACCCUGGAGAGCUCGAUGUCAACAGCUUCAACCUAACCCGGUUCUCAAGCUUGGGCGGCAAGAUCAUAAUGUACCACGGCCUGACCGAUGCCCACGUCCCUCCCACUGCCUCCCGGCACUACUAUGAUAAAGUCGUCGCGCAGUCUGGCGGUGACAUUGAGGCUGUUCGUGGAUGGUUCCGUCUCUUCUUUCUCCCUGGUGUCGGACACAAGAACACAACGGUCGAUGCGCCAUGGUACAUUGGUGGUCCGGGCCAGGCGGAGCAGCUCGUGGGCGGUGGCAAUUCCACAGUGCCGUCCAAUGCGACAAACGAUGCUUUGUAUGCCCUCCAGCUGUGGGUCGAAUCGGGGACCGCGCCGGAGUCAAUUCUUGCUUCAACAUGGACCAACUCGACUGACCCCUCUACUCCGUUGUUGAGGCAGCGUCCAAUUUGCCCUUACCCGGCGACGCAAAAGUACAUUGGCGAAGGCGAGCAAUCGAAGCCUGAGAGUUUUGUUUGCUAA